GCUGUCACCAUUGUAUUAAUUUAGUGAAGGCAACCAAAAUCCACUGAAAAACUCCCGUUUAUCCAUCGAAAUUCACGGUACAAUUGUGGCCCUAGCUGGUGCAAGUGAAAUUUCUCCCCAAGAGCCGACCGCAAGCGAGUAAUUAACUAUUAAGUGAAGCGCGCUCCGUUCGCUUACCCUCUGCCCCCAGUGUGUUUGUUUCGAAUGUUUUGUGGCCACAAUUAAGCUGCUGCUUUAUUGUGAAUUCUAUUUUAUUUUGAAUGACCAGUUGCAUCGGUGGAAGAUACGCAGAUGGUCCAAUAGGUGGAAUGCAUUGCGAUUAUAUUCCGCCUUCGCAGCAACAGCAGCAGCAGUAUUUGUACGCAGGAGGAGGAGGUGGGGUAGGUAUGCCGAAGAAGUCAGAACCAGGUGAGAUUACAGGACUGGGAAGUCGCAGCAAAAGAAUGAACAAAUUGGAAUCAGGCGUCGGAGGAGUUCCAGGACAACAGCAAUCCCAGCCAGGUCGACCAGGAUCCGGAGGUGAUGCUGAUUUAAUGAGUAGUUUUGGUUUGAAGGACGACGGUUCACCGAUAAUGAAAAGCGGCCCACCAGGAAACGGCCCUGGACAAUUGAAAGCUUCCGAUGCAUGUAGUAUCAAUAGUAGUGUUGCGAAUAGUGGACCAGGUAUAGAUUCGAUGUCGAAAAUGGGGCCUGGCAUGGGUCCGGAUAUGCAUCCCGAAGCGGGAAAAAUGAAUCAGGGAAUACCAGGAAUGAUGUCGAAUAAACCAUCGAAUAAGCUGGAAUACACGCAACAGCAGAGCCAGAUCUAUGUGUUUAGUACGGCCCUAGCAAAUAAGGGAGCAGAAGCUGUAAAUAGGAGACAGUUUGGCUCAAUUCUUGAAUAUCAUAGAGAACAGAUUCAGAAGCAAAACCGGCUGGGCGGAUGUGGCCCAGAUGACGGUGUAAUGGGAGUAAUGUCGCCGUGGAUGGAUCAUGGUCAUGGUUCUCCCGAUCAUCACAUGCGAAUGAAUCCUUGCCCGGGACCAGGGAUGCCACUUGAUGGUGUAAAAAAGUCGGCCACAAUACAUCACACGCCCAACUCCUGUCUGGAUAACGAAAACUCAGUCCCGGGAAUGUUUGGAAACGAACAUUACAUGCGAAUGGGACCAGGUCCAGAGAUGGGGCCAAUGGGUAACAAAAAACCAGCUACUAUCCACCACACGCCGAAUCCGUGCUUGGAUCAGGACGGUUCACUUCCAAUGUACCCAAAUGAUGGCCAUCAUAUGCGAAUGGGACCAGGUCCGGACCCAAUGUCGAAACCUUCGACUAUUCAUCACACGCCGAACUCCUGCUUGGACGGGUCAGAUCAACCGGGCGAUCAUUCUGGCGCUGGAGGUCCAGUAGGUCAUCCGCCAGUGAUCAAAAUGGAAAAUCCUUCGCCUGGCGGUCCAGGUCCUGGACCUGGAAGCGGUGGUCAUUCCAGUUCAACCAUCAUCGAUCAAAUGAACUCAUUGGUAGCUUCCCUGCCGUUAAUGAAAGGCAAUGUUAUGACGCAAUCACGAGGCCAUCCGCAACCGUCACUGCAAGGCGUGAAAGUUCCGGAUGAAAAUCUUACGCCACAGCAGCGACAGCACCGGGAGCAACAACUGGCCACUAUUCGGCAGAUGCAGAAAAUAUUCUUCCCAGAACAACGAGGCAUGAUGGAUCCGCACGGGAUGGGUAUGAGGCCUCAGUUUCGUGGUGGAAUGCCUGGUCCAGAAUUUGGUGGCCCUCCUAAUCGGCCGCUUAAUCCGGCAUUUAUGAACACUCCGCUUGGAGCAAAUGGUCCGAUGGGACCAGAUAUGCCUGGACCAGGAAUGAUCAAUGAACAGAUUCCUCCAAUGCAAUAUAACAAACCUGGCAUGAUGAACCCUAGUAUGUACAUGGGAGGACCAGGAGGAGGUUCUAUGGGACCCAUGGGUGGUCCAAUGGGUCCCGGCGGUGGAGGUCCUAUGGGUCCUGGUGGUCCAAUGGGGCCAGGAGGCCCCAUGAAUCGCAUGUUUAAACCUGAUCCCGAUUCCGGUGGCCCGAUGGGUCCAGGUGGGCCUAUGAAUCGCAUGUUCAAACCUGAUCCUGAUCCAAUCUUUCCACCAAUGGCGGAAAUGGGUGGAGGAUACAACAGUAUGAGCAAUCACGGCGGGCCUGGGCCUGGACCGGGAAUGUUCAAUCCUAGCAUGCAACGAAUGGGUAUACCCGGUGGUCCUGGUGCCGGAGUCCCCGGUGGUCCCAAUAUGAUGUCGAAAAUGACGGACCAAGGCGGCCCACUGCCGCAUUCGCCUCUUGUUGAUGACGAUCCGCUAAAGGGAGGCCCCCAUCAAAUGAUGCUUCCAAAUGCCCAAAACCAACAGCAACAGCAAUCAGGUAACCCAGGAGCGAACGGCCCCGGUAGCAAUGGAACUCCCAAUCCUCAAGGUGCCCAGAAUCCCAACAACAAUGGGAAAUCGAAAGAGCAAUCCCUAUCGCCAGAACAUCAACAGCAACAACAGCAGCAGGGCGGACCUGGCAGUCAGCAAGGCCCAUUGACACCUCAGACGCCACAGGGUGGACAUCCAACGCCGGGUGGUGCGGGAGGACCGCUCACACCCCAGACGUCGAUGGCAAGCACUUAAAGGUGAG